UGGGGAAACGCUUGGGGCCCCGGCGGAGCGGUCCCGAGGAGGGGACGGUGCCUGCAGGGAUGGUCCGCCCCGACUGAGGGUUUCUAGCCCGCGCGUGGCGUGGGGACAAUUAGGCGCCACGCCCUGUCGCUUCGCUGCACCAAGCUCGCGAGGCCGGGGACGCCACUCCCAGACCGGGCGGGACGCGCACGCUCACAGUGAGGUCUCUCAAAAGAGCCCCACCUCAGUUUUCUCAUCUGCAAAGUGGGGCCUCGUAAUCCUGCCCGACCUGGCGCGGGACAGUAGGUGUCAGGGAUUUUGGUGACCUCACGCUCGAGGCCUCUGCAAAACGGGGCUGUCCAGUGGCCCGGAGACGCGGCCGGCUGGGGUUUUGUCUGGCGGGGGAGUCUUAACGGAGAGGCCACGCAGGCUGGCAGGAAGCCGCUCCACCUGAGGGGGCUCAAGGAGAGGGGAUCUCCUACCCGCCAGACCCCGGCCCCGCCGACAGGCCCUGCCAGAGUAGCUCUAGGGUAUCUUCCCAGAAACUGCCCCGCACGCACUGGCUAGCUGGGAGCCCCACCACGGCUUUCAAAAAACCCGCACACACCGAGACAAUAAUGUGUCGUUCGCUCGUUUCGCGCAAGCGGAGUCGCAUCCGCCUUCCCGAGCCCCAGGGCACAGACCUCAGGCCGCUCUCGCGCUCUCCGGGGCCCCGAGAACAAUGCCCGUCCUCUCCGCGCGCAGGAGGGAGUUGGCGGACCACGCGGGGUCGGGGCGGCGGAGCGGGCCCAGCCCCGCGGCCGGGUCGGGGCCCCACGUCUCGGCUCUGAGAGCCCAGUCGGCCUGGGCCGCGCACCUGUCAGGUCGGGGAACCUACGUGCGCCGCGACACGGCGGGAGGCGGGCCGGGCCGAGCCCGUCCCCUCGACCCUCCCGGAACUAGUCUCCGAGGCCACUGCACCCACCGGAGCAGAGAGGGCUGGUGUCCCGGAGCCUUCGAGUCGGGGGCUAGAGCGGCCAGGCCUCCGAGCCGGGUCGAGUCAGGGCUCGCGACGGCUGCGUCACGCGAGGGGGCGGGGCCGCCACGGGCGGAGGUCGCAGCCGGAAGCGGAAGAAGCGCUCGGAGAGGGGAGUGGGGCCUAGCUGCAGCCGGAGCCUGGGAGACGAUGCAUCACUGUAAGCGAUACCGCUCCCCUGAACCAGACCCGUACCUGAGCUACCGAUGGAAGAGGAGGAGGUCCUACAGUCGGGAACAUGAAGGGAGACUGCGAUACCCGUCCCGAAGGGAGCCUCCCCCACGGAGAUCUCGGUCCAGAAGCCAUGACCGCCUGCCCUACCAGAGGAGGUACCGGGAGCGCCGUGACAGCGAUACAUACCGGUGUGAAGAGCGGAGCUCAUCAUUUGGAGAGGACUACUAUGGAUCUUCACGUUCUCGUCAUCGUCGGCGAUCGCGGGAGAGGGGGCCAUACCGGACCCGCAAGCAUGCCCACCACUGCCACAAACGCCGCACCAGGUCUUGUAGCAGCGCCUCCUCGAGAAGCCAACAGAGCAGUAAGCGCAGCAGCCGGAGUGUGGAAGAUGACAAGGAGGGUCACCUGGUGUGCCGGAUCGGCGAUUGGCUCCAAGAGCGAUAUGAGAUUGUGGGGAACCUGGGUGAAGGCACCUUUGGCAAGGUGGUGGAGUGCUUGGACCAUGCCAGAGGGAAGUCUCAGGUUGCCCUGAAGAUCAUCCGCAAUGUGGGCAAGUACCGGGAGGCUGCUCGGCUAGAAAUCAACGUGCUCAAAAAAAUCAAGGAGAAGGACAAAGAAAACAAGUUCCUGUGCGUCUUGAUGUCUGACUGGUUCAACUUCCACGGUCACAUGUGCAUCGCCUUUGAGCUCCUGGGCAAGAACACCUUUGAGUUCCUGAAGGAGAAUAACUUCCAGCCUUACCCCCUACCACAUGUCCGGCACAUGGCCUACCAGCUCUGCCACGCCCUUAGAUUUCUGCAUGAGAAUCAGCUGACCCAUACAGACUUGAAGCCAGAGAACAUCCUGUUUGUGAAUUCUGAGUUUGAAACCCUCUACAAUGAGCACAAGAGCUGUGAGGAGAAGUCAGUGAAGAACACCAGCAUCCGAGUGGCUGACUUUGGCAGUGCCACCUUUGACCAUGAGCAUCACACAACCAUUGUGGCCACCCGUCACUAUCGCCCGCCUGAGGUGAUCCUUGAGCUGGGCUGGGCACAGCCCUGUGACGUCUGGAGCAUUGGCUGCAUUCUCUUUGAGUACUACCGGGGCUUCACACUCUUCCAGACCCACGAAAACCGAGAGCAUCUGGUGAUGAUGGAGAAGAUCCUAGGGCCCAUCCCAUCACACAUGAUCCACCGUACCAGGAAGCAGAAAUAUUUCUACAAAGGGGGCCUAGUUUGGGAUGAGAACAGCUCUGAUGGCCGGUAUGUGAAGGAGAACUGCAAACCUCUGAAGAGUUACAUGCUCCAAGACUCCCUGGAGCACGUGCAGCUGUUUGACCUGAUGAGGAGGAUGUUAGAAUUUGACCCUGCGCAGCGCAUCACACUGGCCGAGGCCCUGCUGCACCCCUUCUUUGCUGGCCUGACCCCUGAGGAGCGGUCCUUCCACACCAGCCGCAACCCAAGCAGAUGACAGGCGCAGGCCACGGCAUGAGGAGAUGGAGGGCGGGACUGGGCCGCCCAGCCCCUUGACUCCAGCCUCGACCACCAGGCCCCAGGCCGGAGCCACCCAAUGAACAGUGCAAUGUGAAGGAAGGCAGGAGCCUGCAGGGGAGCAGACUUGGUGCCCAGCUGCCAGAAAGCACAGAUUUGACCCAAGCUAUUUAUAUGUUGUAAAGUUAUAAUAAAGUGUUUCUUACUGUUUGUAACCCCUGGUACCAGUGUGUCCAUCUCCAGGCUCCUUGCCUUCCCCUUACCUGACCUUAUUAAUAAAGUCUUUCUUAGCAGUUCA